GGGCCCUAGGUUCGGGCAAUACCCACAAGCAAGAUGGCGGCAACGGCAGCACCUCCUACGGCUUAGCGCCCCUCCGUGCUAUUGGCCAGAACUUGGAGUGAAGCCGCCGCGGAUUGGUCGAGAGCGCUGCGGGGGUGGGGGUGGAGCUGCAGCAGCCUGGAGCCCCGAGUGGGCAACGCGGCGUGAGCAGCGGCCCCAGGCUCCCGGAGCAUCGCGCUCGGAGAAGACCUCGCCGCUCCGGGCCGCAGCCUGGUGAGCUCAGCCCCCUUCAGGCCCUCCCCUACAUCCCAGCCGGAGCCUCUCCGAGCCGGCGCUGAUCGACGCCGACACACCCCGGAGACCCUAUCGUGACUCCAUCGCGCCAUAUCGCGACAUCAUCGUGCCCUGUCGAGACUCCAUUUUGUCACAGCUCUUUUUAAUAUAUAGCUAUAUAUUUUUUUAAUUUGCCCUGUCAUCUUUGAGGGCUGUCCCAUGUCGUGAUUUUGCCGUGAUCUCUCCGUGACAUCACCGCGCCAUCGUGAAGUGUGAUCUCAUCGCUGCCCUGUCGUGACUUCAUCAAUGUCGUGUUGUGACCUGGCUGCGGCGGGACAGGUGGUGACCGCCAGGAACCUUCCUCCCCUUCUCAUCUCCCCAUCUCAGCAGCCCCUCUUCGAUUAUCCGGCUUUUGGAUUCUCCGUUGUCUUGGGAGCUACCCAGGACCCUUUCUUGCAUCUCCAGCCCCUGCCGGCAUCCACAGACUGGUAGUGGGGCGGGGAGGGUGAGGAGAGGAAGAGCAAGCGUUGGGCAAGACGGGCAUCAUGGCCUCGGAUUGUGAGCCAGCUCUGAAUCAGGCAGAGGGCCGAAACCCCACCCUGGAGCGCUACCUAGGAGCCCUCCGUGAGGCCAAGAAUGACAGCGAGCAGUUUGCAGCCCUGCUGCUAGUGACCAAGGCAGUAAAAGCAGGUGACAUCGAUGCCAAAACUCGGCGGCGGAUCUUUGAUGCCGUGGGCUUCACCUUCCCCAAUCGUCUCCUGACCACCAAGGAGGCGCCAGAUGGCUGCCCUGACCACGUUCUUCGAGCCCUGGGCGUGGCCCUGCUGGCCUGCUUCUGCAGUGACCCUGAACUGGCUGCCCAUACCCAGGUCCUGAACAAGAUCCCUAUCCUUAGCACCUUCCUCACAGCCCGGGGGGACCCUGAUGAUGCUGCCCGCAGGUCCAUGAUUGAUGAUACCUACCAAUGCCUGACGGCUGUGGCAGGUACACCCCGUGGGCCCCGGCACCUCAUUGCUGGUGGCACCGUGUCUGCCCUGUGUCAGGCAUACCUGGGGCAUGGCUAUGGCUUUGACCAGGCCCUGGCACUUCUGGUGGGGCUGCUGGCUGCUGCUGAGACACAGUGCUGGAAGGAGGCAGAGCCUGACCUGCUGGCCGUGUUGCGGGGCCUCAGUGAAGAUUUCCAGAAAGCUGAAGAUGCCAGCAAGUUUGAGCUCUGCCAGCUGCUGCCUCUCUUUCUGCCCCCGACAACCGUGCCCUCUGAAUGCCUCCGGGAUCUGCAGGCCGGGCUGGCACGCAUCCUCGGCAGCAAGCUGAGCUCCUGGCAGCGCAACCCCGCACUAAAGCUGGCAGCCCGCCUGGCGCACGCCUGUGGCUCCGAUUGGAUCCCGGCGGGCAGCUCCGGGAGCAAGUUUCUGGCCCUGCUGGUGAAUCUGGCGUGCGUGGAGGUACGGCUGGCACUGGAGGAGUCAGGCACAGAGGUAAAAGAAGAUGUGGUGACUGCCUGCUAUGCCCUCAUGGAGUUGGGGAUCCAGGAAUGCACUCGCUGUGAGCAGUCACUGCUUAAGGAGCCACAGAAGGUGCAGCUUGUGAGCAUCAUGAAGGAGGCCAUUGGAGCUGUCAUCCACUAUCUGCUGCAGGUGGGGCCAGAGAAGCAGAAGGAGCCCUUUGUGUUUGCUUCGGUUCGGAUCCUGGGUGCCUGGUUGGCCGAGGAGACCUCAUCCCUGCGCAAGGAAGUCUGCCAACUGCUGCCCUUCCUCGUUCGCUAUGCCAAGACCCUCUAUGAGGAGGCUGAGGAAGCCAAUGACCUCUCUCAGCAGGUGGCCACCCUGGCUAUCUCCCCCACCACCCCAGGGUCCACCUGGCCAGGGGAUGCUCUCCGGCUCCUUCUGCCCGGCUGGUGCCACCUGACAGUUGAAGAUGGGCCCCGGGAGAUCCUGAUCAAGGAGGGGGCACCCUCACUUCUGUGCAAGUAUUUCCUGCAGCAGUGGGAACUCACAUCCCCUGGCCAUGACACCUCAGUGCUGCCCGACAGCGUGGAGAUCGGCCUGCAGACCUGCUGCCACAUCUUCCUCAACCUCGUGGUCACUGCACCAGGGUUGAUCAAGCGAGAUGCCUGCUUCACAUCUCUUAUGAACACCCUGAUGACAUCGCUACCUGCACUCGUGCAGCAGCAGGGGAGGCUGCUUCUAGCUGCCAAUGUGGCCACCCUGGGCCUCCUCAUGGCCCGGCUCCUUAGCACCUCUCCAGCUCUUCAGGGAACACCAGCGUCCAGAGGUUUCUUUGCGGCUGCCAUCCUCUUUCUGUCACAAUCCCACGUGGCGCGGGCCACACCGGGCUCAGACCAGGCAGUGCUGGCCCUGUCCCCUGACUAUGAGGGCAUAUGGGCCGAUCUGCAGGAGCUCUGGUUCCUGGGCAUGCAGGCCUUCACAGGCUGCGUGCCACUGCUGCCCUGGCUGGCCCCCGCUGCCCUGCGCUCCCGCUGGCCACAGGAGCUGCUCCAGUUGCUAGGCAGUGUCAGCCCCAACUCCGUCAAGCCUGAGAUGGUUGCUGCCUAUCAGGGUGUCCUGGUGGAGUUGGCACGGGCCAAUCGGCUGUGCCGGGAGGCCAUGAGGCUGCAGGCCGGUGAGGAGACAGCCAGCCACUACCGUAUGGCCGCCCUGGAACAAUGCCUGUCUGAGCCCUGAAGGGUUUUCCACUGGGGAGAAACCCAGGGGUGGGCAGUGAGGGAAAGAGGGUGGAGGCAUCUUCCCUGAAGCCCCCAAACUGGAUUCCCCUCCCCAAACUCCCCCCCAAACACCCCAGCUUUCUGGCUUUUUCAAGGGCAAGGGCGUGGUGCCCACCCUUCAAGUGUAAGGAACUGCGUCCUGCCCCCUGGGGCAGCUCAGGGACAGGGAUUGUCUUGGAAAUGAACGUGGCUGUCCCCGCCGGGGAUUGGAGUAGCCCCCAGGGAGGGGGGCACUAGGUGUCAUUGUGCCCAAUGUCUGGCUUCCCCACAGGAGGGAGGCCUUAGGGUGGGACAAGGCUGGCAGGAGCUGGCUGCUUCAGCCCAUAUGCCCUGCCGGCCAGGGUAUGGGCUCCCCUAGGCUGUGGUGCCCUUCUGGCCUCCCAGGUCCAUGUCCUUUAAAUUGGCCAUUUGAUUCUUGUCCUUGGCCCUAUUGAGCAGAGAGCAGGCUCAGGCCAUUAACAUCGCAGUUCUUCCUAUCAACUUCAGUGACCCAGGGUUUGAAAUGCCACAUCCAUCCAGGAAAACCUAGGGCAGAGGGCCUGGGGUGGAGUGGAAUCUUCCACCUGAGCCUCAUUGAGGGGACCCAGAAGCCCUUGGGCCCUGGUCUCUAAGCUUUUGUGUCGUGUUGCAGCAGAGUGAUUUCAAGGGUUGGGGGUUAUUUAUUUUGCCUGUCCUUAUCCCUGCUGGGACACCUGAGCAUCUGAUUUCUGUCCCCCUGGUGUCAUCUGGCCUGGCUGGAGCCAGGAACAGGAGGGACACUUCCCCAGAAACCGCAUGUUUCCCUAGUGAUUGCACACCAUUGCCAUCGUGGUGCCUGGCUUUAAAUCCCACCCCUGCUUACGACUCCUCUGCAGAGAGACGCGACUGGCGACUCCAGCAGGGACUACCAUUCUUAGGAACCCAGGGGGACCCCCCACACACCUGAUUCCUUGCCCCCCCCUUCUACCCCAAGUGCGUUCUGUGAUCGCCAAGUUCAAAGCUGUGCACAUGUGGACACUCAAUAAAUGUUCAUUGAA